CUUGUCCCUUAGAACAUGGAGUAGAUAAUGGAAUCUUCCUCCCCUAUCAGCUAAACUCCAAAGCCCUUUUCUUUCAAAUUUUACCAUAAAAGCUACCUCUCAUGCAAAUACCAAACAUGUUCUUACACUUCUUGUACCUACAAAACCAAUCAAAUCCAACUAUAAAAACAGCCUUAACACCAUCAAACACUUUGUUUUAUAACUAGGAAGAAACAAAAGAAGUUGACCCCAUCCUUCUUCAACCUUGAAGCGAAGUUGGGAGAAGGAAAAAUGGAGAUUGAAUCAGUUAGAUGCGAGUGUUGUGGAUUGAAAGAAGAUUGCACCCAAGAUUACAUCAAUGGUGUUAAGGCCAAAUUCGAUGGGAAAUGGCUCUGUGGUUUAUGCUCAGAAGCUGUUAGAGAUGAAGUGAGUAGGAGCAAGAAGAAGCAAUUCGGUGUUGAAGAAGCUGUUGAAGCUCAUAUGUCGUUCUGUGGCAAAUCCAAAUCCAAUCCGGCAGUUCGAGUCGCCGACGGUAUGAGGCAGUUGCUGAGAAGGUCAGGAGAUAAUUCACCUUCUUCUUCUAAGAAGUUCACUAGAUCAGCUACCACAAAACUGUACUAAUAUUGGUAGCUCUACCUUUUACAACUUUUCCUGUGCAGGAGAUGUUAUUUCAAUGAAGGCUUCUUCCUCCUUUUCUUUUCUUUUCUUACCUCAAAGUUGAUAUAGUAUGC